GGUGACAGUGGAGUUGGUGCAGCACUGCAGGAUGCCAGAAUGGCGCCUCUGCUGCCCCCUGUUGGUACAGAGGUGUUCCGACGCUUCAGCCCCGCCUCCCUGCAGGAGAUUGAACGGCGGCGUGAGGAAGAGGAGCGGCAGUGCCAGAGGAGGAAGGACUUGAAGAUAGAGCUGGCAGAGGAGGAGCUUCCUCACCCAGCAAGUGACCUGGAGGCUGGGAAGCCCCUCCCCUUUAUCUAUGGGGACCCCCCCUGAGCUACCAACACCCCAUUGGAAGAGCUGGACCCCUACUACCAAUCACAGAAGACCUUCAUCGUGCUCAAGGGAAACACCAUCUUCAGGUUCAACGCCGAGCCGGCCUGCUACCUGCUCAGUCCCUUCAGCAGAGUGAGGCGCGCCGCCAUCAAGAUCCUCGUCCACUCUUUAUUCAGUUUGUUCAUCAUGGUGACGAUCCUGACCAACUGUGUCUUCAUGACCAUGAGUGACCCUCCACCCUGGAGCAAGAUCGUGGAAUAUGUGUUCACAGGUAUAUACACAUUUGAAGCAGGCAUCAAGGUUCUGUCCAGAGGGUUCUGUGUUGGAAAUUUCACCUUCCUGAAAGACCCAUGGAACUGGCUGGACUUCAUGGUCAUCAGCAUGGCGUACGUGACAGAGUUUGUAGAUUUGGGAAAUGUUUCUGCACUGAGGACGUUCAGAGUUCUCCGAGCCCUGAAGACUAUUACCGUCAUUCCAGGUCUGAAGACAAUAGUGGGAGCUCUCAUCCAAUCAGUGAAGGCGCUUGGUGAUGUCAUGAUCCUGACAGUGUUCUGUCUCAGUGUCUUCGCUCUGAUUGGUCUGCAACUCUUCAUGGGAAACUUGCGGCAGAAAUGUGUCAUGUGGCCUCCGCCUCUACAAUUCAAUGUGACAUUUGAUGUCAAUGUGACGGCUAGUUACCAUAGUAACGACACAGCGACGCACAGUAACUUCUCCUUCCACGACUACAUCAACGACCCCGAGAACUACUACUAUCUCAGUGGUCAUAUGGAUCCGCUGCUCUGUGGAAACAGCUCUGAUGCUGGGGUCUGUCCAGAAGGCUACUUGUGUUUGAAGGCAGGAGGAAACCCAAACUAUGGCUACACCAGCUACGACACGUUUGGUUGGGCCUUCCUGGCUCUGUUCAGACUGAUGACCCAGGACUUCUGGGAGAACCUCUUCCAACUGACUUUGCGUGCAGCCGGAAAGACCUACAUGAUCUUCUUCGUGGUCGUCAUCUUUCUGGGUUCCUUCUACCUGAUCAACCUCAUCCUGGCCGUGGUGGCCAUGGCGUACGCCCAGCAGAAUGAGGCCAGCAUCGCUGAGGCCAAACAGAAAGAAGAAGAGUACAGCCAGAUCCUGGAAGCGCUGAAGAAGAGAGAGGAAGAGGUGAGACCAGAAUUAUCUGCUGAAGUCAAGAGUCACGAGCAAGAACACACUGCCAUGGAUGAGUACGAGGAGGACCAGCGGGCGUGUCCGCCAUGUUGGUACAGUUUUGCCGACCUCUUCUUGAAGUGGAACUGCUGUGGCUGCUGGCGGCGUGUCAAACAGUGGCUGUAUCUCAUCGUCAUGGAUCCAUUCGUCGACCUGGGCAUCACCAUCUGCAUCGUCCUCAACACCGUCUUCAUGGCCAUGGAGCAUUACCCGAUGACUGACGCCUUCAGCGACAUGCUGAGCGUCGGAAACCUGGUCUUCACAGGAAUCUUCACAGCUGAGAUGGUCCUGAAGCUGCUGGCCAUGGACCCCUACUACUACUUCCAGGUCGGAUGGAACAUCUUUGACAGCAUCAUCGUCACCAUGAGCCUCGUCGAGCUGGGAUUGGCUAAUGUUUCCGGCCUCUCUGUGCUCCGCUCCUUCCGACUGAUGCGAGUGUUCAAGCUGGCGAAGUCGUGGCCGACUCUCAACAUGUUGAUAAAGAUCAUUGGGAACUCGGUCGGCGCUCUGGGGAACCUGACGCUGGUUCUGGCCAUCAUCGUGUUCAUCUUCGCCGUGGUGGGCAUGCAGCUGUUCGGGAAAAACUACAGAGACUGUGUCUGUCGCAUCUCCUCCGACUGCGAACUUCCUCGCUGGCAUAUGCAUGACUUCUUCCAUGCCUUCCUCAUCAUCUUCAGGGUGCUGUGUGGAGAGUGGAUCGAGACCAUGUGGGACUGCAUGGAGGUCGCGGGUCAGACCAUGUGUCUGAUCGUCUUCAUGCUGGUCAUGGUCAUUGGCAACCUGGUGGUCCUGAAUCUGUUCCUGGCUUUGUUGCUGAGUUCGUUCAGUGGAGACAACCUGGCAGCUCCCGAGGAGGAAGGAGAGAACAACCUGCAGAUCGCCAUCAGCAGGAUCAGCCGGGGCGUGGCCUGGGUCCUGAGACACAUACGCAGCCUGCUGGGGAAACCCCACACACCUGUCCAAACACACACCUAUGAUGGUGAUGAUGAUGAAGAUAGGAAGGAGUCUCUGGCUUUGAACUUUGUGACUUCAGAGGCCAACGACCUCGGUGGUAACCCUGACAACCUGACCAGUAACUAUGGCAACAUCAUCUCUCUGAGGGUCCCCAUCGCCACGGCAGAGUCCGACUGUGAGACAGCAGACGAUGAAGAUGAAGAUGAAGAUGAAGAUGAGGAAGAAGAAGAAGAUGAGUCUUCGGUCUGCAGCACGGUGGAAAAACCUCCUGAGGCUGCAGAGGAAGAGGAGGAGGAAGAUCACGACGGCACCAGUCCUGAAGAUUGCUGCACGCCUGGCUGUUACAGACGCUGUCCCUGCCUCGAUGUCGACACGUCCAGCGGCAAAGGGAAGGUCUGGUUCCUCCUCAGGAGAACCUGUUUCUCCAUCGUGGAACACAACUACUUUGAGUCGUUCAUCAUCUUCAUGAUUCUGCUCAGCAGCGGCGCUCUGGCCUUCGAGGACAUCUACCUGGAGCAGCGGCGCGUCAUCAAGAUCAUCCUGGAGUUCGCCGACCAGGUGUUCACCUUCGUCUUCAUCGUGGAGAUGCUGCUCAAGUGGGUUGCCUACGGCUUCAAGACCUACUUCACCAACGCCUGGUGCUGGCUGGACUUCCUCAUCGUGGACGUGUCCCUGGUGUCUCUGACGGCCAACAUCCUGGGAUAUUCAGAGCUGGGACCCAUCAAGUCUCUGAGGACCCUGAGGGCCCUGAGGCCCCUGAGGGCCCUGUCUCGCUUUGAAGGCAUGAGGGUGGUGGUUAACGCUCUGGUCGGGGCGAUCCCGUCUAUCUUCAACGUUCUGUUGGUGUGUUUGAUCUUCUGGCUGAUCUUCAGCAUCAUGGGCGUGAACCUGUUUGCCGGGAAGUUCUUCUUCUGUUACAACGAGACGGCGGAGGAGCGAGUCCCCGCCCACCUGGUGGACAACAGCAGCGAGUGCCUGGCGCUGGCGGCCGAGAACCCCGACGUCCGCUGGAAGAACCUGAAGGUCAACUACGACAACGUGGGGAUGGGCUACCUGUCCCUGCUGCAAGUGGCGACGUUUAAAGGCUGGAUGGACAUCAUGUACGGAGCCGUGGACUCCAGAGAGGUUGAAAAGCAGCCUAUCUAUGAGGUGAACCUCUACAUGUACCUCUACUUUGUGUGCUUCAUCAUCUUCGGCUCCUUUUUCACGCUCAACCUCUUCAUUGGAGUCAUCAUCGACAACUUCAACCAGCAGAAAUCCAAGCUGGGAGGUAAAGACAUCUUCAUGACAGAAGAGCAGAAGAAAUAUUACAACGCCAUGAAGAAACUGGGCUCAAAGAAGCCCGUGAAACCCGUCCCGCGCCCUCAGAACAUGUUCCAGGCUCUGGUGUUCGACCUGGUCACCAAGCAGUUCUUCGACAUCUUCAUCAUGGUGCUCAUCUGCCUCAACAUGAUCACCAUGAUGGUGGAGACGGACGAGCAGAGUGCAGAAAAGGAAGACAUUCUCUACCUGGUCAACGCCGUCUUCAUCGUCAUCUUCACCACUGAGUGUUGUCUGAAGAUCAUCGCGCUCCGGCAGCACUACUUUGCUGUGGGCUGGAACAUCUUCGACUUCGUGGUGGUCAUCCUGUCCAUUGUUGGCCUCCUCCUUGCUGACAUCAUUGAGAAAUAUUUUGUCUCCCCCACACUAUUUCGUGUGAUCCGAUUGGCUCGUAUCGGCCGUGUCCUCCGCCUGAUCCGUGGCGCUAAGGGCAUCCGGACGCUGCUCUUCGCGCUAAUGAUGUCGCUUCCUGCUCUGUUCAACAUCGGCCUCCUCCUCUUCCUCAUCAUGUUCAUCUUCUCCAUCUUCGGCAUGUCCAACUUUGCCUACGUCAGGAAGGAGGCCAUGAUCGACGACAUGUUCAACUUCGAGACUUUCGGCAACAGCAUCAUCUGCCUCUUCAUGAUCACCACGUCGGCCGGGUGGGACGGCCUGCUUAGCCCCAUCAUGAACACGCCUCCGGACUGCGACCCGCACCUAGAGAACCCUGGCACGCCGGUCCAGGGAAACUGUGGCAGCCCGGGUGUGGGCAUCAUAUUCUUCUGCAGUUACAUCAUCCUGUCCUUCCUGGUCGUGGUCAACAUGUACAUCGCCAUCAUCCUGGAGAACUUCAACGUGGCCACGGAGGAGAGCGCGGACCCACUGUGUGAGGACGACUUUGAGAUGUUCUAUGAAACCUGGGAGAAGUUUGACCCCGACGCCUCGCAGUUCAUCCAGUACAGCGCGCUUUCAGAUUUCUGUGACACCCUGCAGGAUCCUCUGAGGAUCCCGAAACCAAACACCAUCAAACUGAUCCACAUGGAUCUGCCUCUGGUCCCUGGAGACAAAAUCCACUGCCUGGACAUCCUGCUGGCCCUCACCACUGAGGUGCUGGGUGACUCAGGAGAGAUGGACGCUCUUAAAGCCAGCAUGGAGGAGAAGUUCAUGGCCAACAACCCCUCGAAGGUGUCAUAUGAACCAAUCAGCAGCACCCUGCGCAGGAAACAGGAAGAGGUGGCAGCAAUCAUCAUUCAGCGGGCGUACCGGAAACACCUGCUGCUGCGCACCGUACACCUGGCGUCCUACAGGUACAGAGAGAAGACGGAGGGCCACCGAGAGGAGGUCCCGCCCCCGGAGACCGAGGGUCUGCUCUGCAGACGCAUGAGUCAGUUAUACGGAGAGGGGCGGAGCCAGGAGCCCGCCGUGCCCGCUGCCGCGGUGGAGCUUCAGAAGGAAGUUGUCCUGCAUGCCACUCCUCCCGGCGCCGACGGCCUCCUGCGACAGGAGGAGCUGAAGGAAUCCAUUGUCUGA